AUGGUCCAAAAGGAACAUAAGGUACAAAAAGUGCUGGUGCUUCACGGACACGGACAGUCCGAAGAUAUCAUCUGGCCAAAGAUCCGACAUGUGAGAAAUAUCUUUCGCAUGCUGUCCGAUGAAAUCGACUUCGAGUUUGAGUGUCUAUCUGGAGUCCUACCAGCAUAUCCUGAUCAGAGCGAUACUGGCCAGCAGAGGGUGUGGGGACACGGGGAGCCUGAAAAGGACCGUAUCAAAGGCCUUGAGGAAUCAAUUGCGCAUAUCUUGGAUACUCUGGACACGCAUGGACCUUUCUGCGGUGUCCUCGGAUUUUCCUCCGGUGCCGCUAUGUCUGCGAUUCUCGUAUCCCUACUGGAGAAACGGAAAGCCGUUUGUGGCAUUCCUUGGAAACAGACGCGUCACCCGCCAUUACUGUUUGCAAUAUGCCUGAGCGGCUUUAUGCUCGAGAAUAGCUGCUACCAGGCGAUAUACGACCCCAAGAUCAGCACGCCAGUCUUUCACGCAAUCGGUAUAUGGGACGCCACUGUUUCGCCAGCACAAACAAUACGGCUGGCACGCCAGUGCACGUUUCCGACGAUAUUUGAAUUUGAAGGUGGCCAUUACGUACCCCAGGCCAAGGAAUACGCAGAGCUUAAGAGAUCGCUUUUGGUUUUUCUACAGGAUAUACCUGAAUUCUCUCUACGCAUUGAGUAUUCAAAAUCGCCAGUCAGUGCAGUCAGCGAGAGCACUCUGAAACCAAUUACUACAGUGAAGAGCAAAAGCCGAGAGGGGAUGUUGAGAUGGCUCUGA